AACUAAUCAAUCAUUCAUUCAUUGAUUUAAUUCAAUUCAAUAGAAGAAACAGUCUCUUCUCAAAAUCAUCAUCGUCUUCAAUCUUCAUCCUCUCCCACUUCAACAACAACGAUGACAAACUACGGUACAAUCCCAACCUCAUCAUCCCCACCUGCAACAAACCUCGAAUUCAUCACACGCGCCAAAGACCGCCUCAAAUCCGGCCUCGGUACUCGCCGUCCAUGGAAACUCCUCGUCAACCUCCGUUCCUUCAACCUCCCAUCCAACUUCCACGACGCUAUCUCCCGUAUCAAAACCAACAUCUCUUUCUUCCAGAUGAACUACGCCAUCAUCCUUCUCAUCAUCCUCUUCCUCAGUCUUCUCUGGCAUCCAAUCUCACUCAUCGUCUUCGUCGUUCUCAUAGCUGCGUGGUUGUUUCUCUACUUUCUUCGCGAUGAACCUAUUGUUAUCUUUGGACGACUCAUCAGUGAUCGUGUUAUUCUUGUGCUUAUGUUGAUUCUCACCGUUGGAUUGCUUUUGCUUACUGGUGCGAUUCUCAAUAUUCUUAUCGCCGUUGCAGUUGGUGUUGUAGUUAUUCUUCUUCAUGCUGCUUUUAGAAACACCAGUGAUCUGUUUCUUGAUGAAGAAGAAGGACAUUCGUUUUCUCCACCUGGUGCUCCUGUUUCUUGAUCCUGUGAUUCUUGUUCGUUUUUAUUUUAUUUUAUUUUAUUUUGUUGUUUCUUCAUAUUUGUCAAUGAUUUUAGGGUUUAUGUUUCUUUUUUUUGGGGUUGUGAAAUUGUGAAGAAGAAAAAUUGUUAGAUCUUUGAAUUGUGUAUUGGUGAAUUUUUUGUUGUUUGUUUGUUAUUAGCUACAUAAAAAAAAUAAACAAUUUUUAUUUUCUUCAUUUA